AUGAGCACUUCAGAUGAACCCGUGUUGUCUGAACAGUUGAGGAAAUGGAUGCUAGCUCCCGAUGUGGUGAAAAUGGUCGACGAUGAAGUGGAAGCGGCAUGGAAGAAAUUUACGAAUCUGUUUGAAACAGAGAAAAACGGAAUAAGUUAUGAAGAUGCACGCGACGCAGCAACUACAGACAAAUUCUACGAUUUCAGAUUAUUUUUGCUAGUUCGAGAAGAAUACAGUACAAAAAUUUAUUAUUACAAGAAGGCGUACUUGAAGAAGUUCAGAGAAGAAUUUGAGGAGCAUUUAGACAACUUGGAGGAAGUUAUAGCGAUUCCGGCUAGACGUCAAAGAGUCACUGUGAUCUUAAUACACGUAUACUUCAUAUUCAUUCUAUUCUCCGGACUCAUCUCUUUAUAUAGUCCCGUCAAUGUGAUAUCAGUCAGGAUACUAGGUGUACUCAGUGCUUUUCUGACAUUCUUUUUUGGUUGGAAUCUUGUCAUAUGGCAAAAGGCAACGCAAACGACGCUCAAUAUGUACGAAAAAUUGAGCACGAUAUCCAAAUUCAAAAUACCGAGAGCAACCCUUUGGACCGAUUCAAAUCAUUUACGACUCCGCACUUAUCAGUUAUUCGCUAUAGAUCCAAGACUCACUCGCACGUUCAAAUACCUUGUCCUUUUCUACGUCCUUACUGUGAUGAUUAUCUACUUUCUGAAUCUACGCUGGAAGUAUCCAUUGGAAGACUCAUUCUCAGAAAUCGACCUCAACAUUUAUCUCAGCGUCCUAUUUCCGUUCAUAGUGAUCUUGAGAUCGGUUGAUUGUUGUGCUAAUCAAAGCAGCCAUUAUAGAAAAAUAGUGAUAGAUUAUUUUGAACAGUUUGCGAAAAGAAGGAGAGAAAUACCAGAUAGUGAAGAAGAUACUGAAACAGAUGAAGAUGAAGAGGAUGAAGAAGAGGAUGAAGAUGAGGAAGAAGAAGAUUCUGAAGCAGAUUCUGAAUCUGAAUCAGAGUAUGAACCGGAAUCAGAGUCAGAGACAGAUACAAAUUCAGAUUAUGGGUCAGGCUCAGGUUCAGGCUCAGAGUCUUAA